UUGGACAACACCAACAACACCCUUCAGACCAUUUGAAACAUUGACUGAGUGGUCAAAAUCAAGCCACGUGGUGUUUCACUGCAUACAAACUAUAUAUCAAGAGAUUUGACUCGUUAACAGUGGCCGUAGUACCCCGCAGUAUGCCAUGUCACCUUUCAAUGUUGUGUGUGCCUUAUGGUCUGACUUUAUUUACUUGAAAUCCUAACAUCACCUCGAAUUUCCCAUCAUCAUCAUCAUACAACAGCAAUGUCUGACAACAUAUCAACCAUCUAUGCGAAGGCUGUGGCAGACGCCCAAAGAGCAGUUCAAUAUGUCCUCGAGAAUGCUCCAGGAGCAUAUGAAAGAGGGAAAGAUGCUGCCGCGAUUGCUGCUGCUAAGGUUCAACCUGCUCUUAACUCCGCUUUGGAGAAAACCCCAGUUCUCAUGGCAAGAUCCAGAAUAGCGGCAGAGCAGUUGUAUCAAGAUGCUCCCAGGCAUCUAAACACCGCGAAGGAUGUGGCAGGACAAUUAUAUCAGGAUGCUCCAAGGCAUUUAAACACCGCAAAGAAAGCGGGUAUCAAUGCUCUUGAGCAUCCUAGGCAUUCUGCAACAACAGCGUUAGCCACCUUGGGGCCUAUCGUUCGCAAGCACCCAUAUGCCAGUGUUUUUGGAGCCUGGGCAACACUAGCCGUGGUAUUCGGGCCCUUCUGGCCUAUUCGUGCUCUAUUGAGAGUGUUUGGAUUUGGUAAAGGUGUCUCUCCUGGAUCCAAUGCGGCAUCUUGGCAAUCUCGACAAGGAAACGUGCAACGCAAUUCAUGGUUUUCUUUAUUUCAAUCAUACGGAGAUAGAUUAAAUUAAGCUUGGGUCGUCAGUCUUUAAAAAUAAAUUCACGUUGAUACAAAGUUUAAGAGUCGUUUGUGAGAUCAAAUGAAAAGAUUUAUCUUGUAUUUGUCUCAUAAUAACUCUUCCCUGUUUGAGGACUCAUAGAUAAAUUCAGUUUGUUCCCGACUGUCUGAAUUUGUUUCUGCGUUUAUAUAUUUCCCUCUCGCUAUUCUUCUUUUAUAUUCUUCUGUCU